AGCAACUCAGUUCCAGAGAAGUGGAGGCUUAAUUAGUAAAAGUUAGACAAACAAAAAAUGCAGUCGGUUAGGGUUUCACACCAUCAUGGAUUCUCCUGAUUUCACCAAAACCAAAGCCAAAGCCACAGCCUCACCCUCAUCCGGCUCUCCUCCAGUUCAAGAGUCGCCUAUUUUUAGUUUUAUCAACAAUUUGUCCCCAAUAAAGACUGUGAAGGCUACACAUAUAGCACCAGGGUUCCCCGGACUUAGCUCUCCUCCUCUUGUGUUUACAUCACCACGAGUAAAUCCAUACACUGAGACGAGUUUCCUAAAGAGGCGGUCUCAACACUCAGAAUUAUCCUGUGCAGGAAUACCUAAAACUCAUGGUGAAGGCAAAGAGUUUGCUGAUAGUGCAGCGGACCCUGUGAAACCUUUGACACAAUUGCAGUUGGGCUUGAUUACUGACACUAGAGACUGCAAGACCAAAAAUUUUGUGGAAACUCAUCCCUGUAGCUCCUCAGGGUUUGUAGAUGAAUACUUGGCUGAUUCCACUGAGGUGGACUGUGCGAAUUCUGAUCAAUCAGUCAAUCCACAUUUGGAACAUUCUAGCAGUGUGCUGGAGCCAUCAAGAAGUGGCUUAAUCAAGUCCAAGGAACUCACAUUAACACUUGGCAACAGAAAUGAUAAUGCAACCAACUCAAGAACGGAAGCUCAGGCACCUUUUAUGACAUCGGAGCAGGCUCACGAGUACAAUCAAGGAAAGCAAACAUUUAUUGCAAAGUUGACAAGGAGUGAAAAGCAAAGGAAUGAUGAAUUACGAUUUAACGAAUGCACAAAUAUCGAAUCUGGUUUAUCUGUUGACAAUGCUUUCAGGAGAGAAUAUCACCAAGAAUUUCUUGAUCGGGGUCUAAGAGGUGAACAUCAGGAUGAUUAUGAUUACUGCCCUCAAUCUCUAGCUGGAGCUUUGCAUAAUGGUCAGGUGUAUGAAGAUGAGAAUGCUGGUUCAAUUCCAAAUAGACUGAUUGAAAACGCUGUAAUGCAUGCUUCUAAGAGACGUUGCCUUCGGUUUGAAGAGGCUCCUUGUACUAGUGGCAAAGGGGACGGUUCUUUGAGUCUUUCAGAGAAGGUUAGCAAUUCAGAACCACCUACCAGCACUGUAGAAUCAGAGAUGGUGGAAUCACCUUAUGUGGACUUAAUAACUUCUACGAAGACACAGACGGCAGCCUCAUUGCCACCUCGGAGUACUGGAAAAUCUCGUUUAACUGUUUCUAAGCCAUCCGGUAUUGGCUUGCAUUUAAACAGUAUUGUCAAUGCUGCAUCAGUGGUUCGUGGUGCAACAAGCAUAAAAUUAGCAGACCGCUACAUGGGUGUGCAAGUUAUGAACUCAGCAUCUAUUAAUGUAAGGCGCUGUCCUAAUUCAUUGAAUGUGGUUGAGAAAGAUUCUGCUGGUGGUGUAGACUGGAGGAAUGAAACUGAGACUUCAGUUGCUGCAAGUUCUGCCACUACCCAGUCUCCCCACUCUGUGGAAUUUGAGCAUCAUGGGCCUAUACAUGAGAUUAGGAUAUCUGAUUCUCACAGUAUAGACAGUUACGAAGAGUGCAACCAAUCUAGCCCAAACACGAAGAGGAAAAGAGCAUCGAGAAAUAUUGAUAGUGAUGGGUGUAAGCGCUGCAACUGCAGGAAGACCAAAUGCUUGAAACUUUAUUGUGAUUGUUUUUCUGCUGGAAUCUAUUGUGACACAACUUGUGCUUGCCAAGAGUGCUUUAACAGACCCGAGUAUGAAGAUACGGUUCUUGAGACAAGACAAAAAAUAGAAUCCCGUAACCCUCUUGCAUUUGCUCCCAAGGUUGUAGAGCGUGAAGAUGAGAAUCAAUUCACACCAGCCUCGGCAAGACAUAAAAGAGGGUGCAAUUGCAAAAAGUCAAUGUGUCUGAAAAAAUAUUGUGAAUGUUAUCAGGCUAAUGUAGGAUGCUCCAAUGGAUGCCGGUGUGAAGGAUGUCAAAAUGCUUAUGGCAAGAGGGGAGAGUUUGUUGACGUGGAUUCUGGUGUGUCCGAAGAAGUGAUUACUGACAAAGAUGGCACGGAAAUAAGAGAAAGCACAUUUGAUGAGAAGCUGCAAAUGGUGGCAACAAGGAAAGAUUCAAAUGAUUCACCCAGCCUCACUCCGUUGACACCAUCAUUGCAAUGCUUUGAUGAUACACAUAAUGUAUCAAAAUCCAGGGUCCUUCCGGCAAUAUGCCGUCCAUCUCCUCAAUCAGCUCUUACCAUCAUAUCACAUCACAAAAAUUCAACAAGAUCUCCUCAGAGAAAUUCAGAGAACAGUGACAAUCUUAUGGACACAAGUAAAGGAUUGUUGGACGUGGGUUCUUAUGAUUGGCAAGAGGAUUACGAGAACAUUGGUUUGGAGACUACUUCACCAAGAUGCUAUGCAGUCCCCACUACAUGCCAUCUUACUCCACUGUCCGGUCCUGGGUCAUUGGCCAUAACUUCUUCAGCAUCAUUGACAACAAGGGAUUUGACAAAUGCUUCACAAGUUCAGCUGUGCCCUGGAAGUCACUGUCUCUUGUCAGGUAGUUCUCUUCAUUGGCAUAGUUCACCAGUCACCCCAAUGCAUCGGUUCGGUGGGAUGAAAUCAUUUCAAGGUUUUGACUCUGAAAAGAGCCAUCACGACCUCCUGCAAGAUGAUACACCUGAGAUAUUGAAGGACACUUCUAUCCCCAUCAAGUCGGUGAAAGUGAGCUCCCCAAAUAAGAAGCGUGUUUCUCCUCCUCACAGCCACAAUCAUGAGCUUGGUACAAGCUCUUCAGGGGGCUUGAGAAGUGGCCGCAAGUUCAUACUGAAGGCUGUGCCUUCUUUUCCACCUCUUACCCCUUGUAUUGGUUCAAAAGGUAGUAGUACCAUUCAGAACAUGAAUAAUCCUCUUCAAGAUAAGGGUUGAAAGAAAUGAUUGACACUACUGGAAUCCAUGGUGAGAUGGAUUACUCCAAGGGAUCACUGUAGUCUUUGAUUGUUGUACUUGGGAUGAGAAAGAAGACUUUUCCUGACAUUGGUCUGUGGGUUGAAUGUUGUCAGGUUUGAAUAUGGUGACAUCUUCAGAUAUCUGAAGUAUAAAUAUUUUCCUAUAUGUAUGAUUAUCACAGUUGUCAUUUACUGUACCAUGUGGCUGUGUUUUACUAAUGGAAACACAUUGCUACUGCAUCAUUAUUUGCAGUCAUUUCUUAAUGUUUUUUCUCAAGAUUUUAGUUUGCAUUUCUUUUUUGUUAAAUUGAAUCUUUCAGUUGCUCAAUUGUUCAAUUGAAUCUAUAAA